CAGGAACUGUGUCCUAGAGUUCAAAGAGCAGGAGAAGCUGCACCUAGAGCCAAGGGCUGGUGCAAGCCGGUGGGUGGAGUGGCCAGAGAAUAUGCUAUAAGGAAGCAUUAGGGAGCUGAGCAAACAGCACAAGCCGGGGUAAAGGGAGGAGAAGCAACAUGGGAGAGCUUUGCAUCCACUCCGUUUUGGUGACUGGGGCCAACCGGGGAAUUGGCCUGGGGCUUGUCCGGCACUUCUUGGGGAUGUCAAACCCACCCAAGUGGGUCUUUGCAGGUUGUCGAGACCCCAAGGGACAAAAAGCACAGGAGUUACAGAAUUUAGCCUCCAAGCACCCCAACCUGGUCAUCAUCCCGCUCGAAGUCACCGACCCCGCCAGCAUCAAGGCAGCUGCAGCCAGAGUCGAGGAACAGCUCGGGGGCUCAGGGCUGAACCUCCUUAUCAACAACGCUGGAAUUGCGAAGCCAAGCCCACUUGAUAAUGAGACGCUGGAGAACAUGACCUGUGUUUACACCACCAACACAGUUGCGCCCCUGCUGCUGAGCCAGGCGUUCCUGCCCCUGCUGAAGAAGGCUGCCCAGGGGAGCCCAGGCUCAGCGCUGAGCUGCAGCAAAGCAGCCAUCGUCAACAUGUCCAGCUCUGCGGGCUCCAUUGAGGAGGUCUAUUUAUGGGACUAUGGACAAGUGGUCUCCUACCGCUGCAGCAAGGCUGCUCUGAACAUGCUGACCAAGUGCCAGUCCCUGGGGUACCGGGAACACGGUGUCCUCUGCGUUGCUCUCCACCCAGGCUGGGUGCGAACCGACAUGACGGGUGGCUCAGAAUCACUAACGGCUCCCCUGACGGUGGAUGAAAGCGUACGAGGGAUGCUGAAGGUGCUCUCCUCCCUCUCUGAGAAGGAGACCGGCACCUUCCUGGACUGGGAAGGGAAGGUAGUGCCCUGGUGAGACACCAGCCCAGGAUCCUAGCGGCAGGUCCCUUUGCUGCUGCACUGACUUGUGCCUGUGUCUUAAUAAACUUGCAUCUGUAAACAAUAAAUAACUCUA